UUCGCAGCUGCCGCCGCCAUCUACGCGUUUGCGGAGCGGGAGGGAGGGAGGGGACUCGCGGCUGCAGCUGGAGCGGGCUUCUCUCCGGGGACGGUCCUCCCGUUGCUCUCCUUUUCCUCCUCCGCGCGCCGCCGCCGCCGCCCGCCCCCUGCGCCCUCCCGGCGCAGCCCGGGUCCGAGAAGGGAGAAGAAGGGUCGGCGGGGGGCGGGAGGAGCUGGCUGGUGGACGCGCGCUUGGAGGAAACUCUUGCCCGACCCGUGAGUCCCCGCUCCCGGGGUGCACGCCGGCCUGGUCUCAGCGGCGGCGGCGGCGGCGGCGGCAGCAGGAAGGGGCUCAGUCCCGGGAGGCGGGGGCUGUACCGCGGGGGCGGGCCCGGCUGUCCCGGCGCUAAGUUGUGCGGCCCGACUCUUCCCGACCUGAUUUCCUUCCCCACGGUUCCUUGGACCCAGCUCCGCGCCACCGACCCCAGAGCCUCCAAGCCUGCACCUCCUGGGUGAAGAGGACACGCCUGCCCUAAUCGAGAAAACUUUUCCUGCCGACUUGGUCGGGGCGACGGUGGCAGGAAGUCCAGACAGCGACCUUUUCUCUGCCUGCCCUGCGCGCCCUGCCGGGUGCCGGCGCUGAGGUCGAGAUUAAGUUUUAGCGGGCCCCUUCCGGGCUGCAGGCAGGUCCCGCCUCGGGAGCAACGCCCGGCCCCCGGGAGGGCGGCAGGCCGGGGCGAAGGCCAAGGGCGCGUGGUGGCGCCGGAGAUAAGGUGCGGACCGCGUCUGGGACCCGCAUCCACAGCCUAGAGCACGGGGAGAACGAGCCUGGGAGCAGAGAGCCUCCGGCGGCCGCUUCCAGGAGUCCACGGUGUCUGCCUCCUCCUCCUCCUAGUGAGGACAGUGCCCUGGCCUUGAGUCUAUCGAGGAAAAAUGAAGUUGAGCCGCCAGUUCACCGUGUUUGGCAGCGCAAUCUUCUGUGUGGUCAUCUUUUCGCUCUACCUGAUGCUGGACCGGGGUCACUUAGACUACCCCAAGAGCCCGCGCCGCGAGGGCUCCUUUCCCCAGGGCCAGCUCUCAUUGUUGCAAGAAAAAAUCGACCAUUUGGAACGUUUGCUAGCUGAGAAUAAUGAGAUCAUCUCAAAUAUUAAAGACUCGGUCAUCAAUUUGAGUGAGUCUGUGGAGGAUGGUCCAAAAAACUCACAAGGGAAUUUCAGCCAAGGUUUUGGUUCACCUCUUCUGUCAUCAAAACAGUUGUCUCUCACAGUCGACCCUGAAGACUGUUUGUUUGCUUCACAGAGUGGAAGUCAGAGGUCAGAUGUGCAGAUGUUAGAUGUGUACAGUCUAAUUCCUUUUGACAAUCCAGAUGGUGGAGUUUGGAAGCAAGGAUUUGACAUUACUUACAGAGCUGAUGAAUGGGACACUAAACCCCUUCAAGUCUUUGUGGUGCCUCAUUCUCAUAACGACCCAGGUUGGUUGAAGACUUUUGAUGACUACUUUAGAGAGAAGACACAGUAUAUUUUUAAUAACAUGGUCAUCAAGUUGAAAGAAGACCCACGGAGGAAAUUUAUGUGGUCUGAGAUCUCCUACCUUUCAAAGUGGUGGGAAACUAUAGAUAUACAGAAGAAGGAUGCUGUGAAAAGUUUACUAGAAAAUGGUCAGUUUGAAAUUGUGACAGGUGGCUGGGUUAUGCCUGAUGAAGCUGGUACACAUUAUUUUGCCUUAAUUGACCAACUAAUUGAAGGACAUCAGUGGCUGGAAAAAAAUCUAGGAGUGAAACCUCGUUCUGGUUGGGCUAUUGAUCCUUUUGGACAUUCACCAACAAUGACUUACCUUCUAAAACGUGCUGGAUUUUCUCACAUGCUUAUCCAGAGAGUCCAUUAUGCAAUUAAAAAACAUUUUUCAUUGCAUAAAACGCUGGAGUUUUUUUGGAGACAGAAUUGGGAUCUGGGAUCUGGCACAGAUAUUUUUUGCCACAUGAUGCCUUUCUACAGCUAUGACAUCCCUCACACUUGUGGACCUGACCCUAAAAUAUGCUGCCAGUUUGAUUUUAAAAGGCUUCCUGGAGGCAGAUAUGGUUGUCCCUGGGGAGUCCCCCCAGAAACAAUUUAUCCUGGAAAUGUCCAAAACAGGGCUGAGAUGCUUCUAGAUCAAUACCGAAAGAAGUCAAAACUUUUCCGUACCACAGUUGUCCUGGCUCCACUAGGAGAUGAUUUCCGCUACUGUGAACGCACAGAAUGGGAUCAUCAGUUCAAGAAUUACCAGCUGCUUUUUGAUUAUAUGAAUUCUCAUCCUCAAUACAAUGUUAAGAUACAGUUUGGGACUUUAUCGGAUUAUUUUGAUGCACUGGAUAAAGAAGAUGCAGCCAAUAGAAAGAACAGCCAAUCAAUGUUCCCUGUCCUAAGUGGAGAUUUUUUCACUUAUGCUGACCGAGAUGAUCAUUACUGGAGUGGCUAUUUUACAUCCAGACCCUUUUACAAACGAAUGGAUAGGAUAUUGGAAUCCCAUUUAAGGGCUGCUGAAGUUCUUUACUAUUUCGCCCUGAAACAAGCUCAGCAAUACAAGAUAAGUAAAUUUCUUUCAUCAUCCCUUUACGUGGCGCUGACAGAAGCCAGAAGGAAUUUGGGACUAUUUCAACAUCAUGAUGCUAUCACAGGAACUGCGAAGGACUGGGUGGUUGUGGACUAUGGUACCAGACUCUUUCAUUCAUUAAUGAAUUUAAAGAAGAUAAUUGGACAUUCUGCAUUGCUGCUUAUUUUGAAGGACAAACACUUGUACGACUCUUACUCUUUUGAUACCUUCCUAGAAAUGGAUUUGAAACAAAGAACACAAAGUUCUCUGCCACAAAAAAAUGUAAUAAGUCUGAGUGCGGAGCCAAGGUAUCUUGUGGUCUCUAAUCCUUCAGAACAAGACCGAAACGCAGUAGUCUCAGUCUAUGUGAGUUCCCCCAAAGCUCAAGUGUUCUCUGCUUCAGGAAAGCCUGUGGAAAUUCAAAUGAGUGCAGUGUGGGAUACAGCAAGUGCUAUUUCACAGACAGCCUAUGAGAUCUCUUUUCUAGCACAGAUACCACCAAUGGGACUAAAAGUGUAUAAAAUUUUGGAAACAGCAAGUUCAAAUCCACAUUUAGCCAAAUAUGUCCUAUAUAAUGGCAAUGUUGUGAAUAAAGGCAUUUUCAACAUGAAUAUAAAAAGUGCUCAAGAAGAUAUAACUCUAGAGAACUCUUUUAUUAAGCUGCGGUUUGGUCAGUUUGGGCUUAUGGAGGAGAUGAUAAAUAAAGAAGACGGUAAAAGUCAUGUAGUAAAAGUGCAGUUUUCAUGGUAUGGAACCACAAAUAAAAAGGACAAGAGUGGUGCUUACCUCUUCUUACCCGAUGGGGAAGCCAGGCCUUACGUUUAUACAACACCGCCUUUUGUCAUAGUGCAACAUGGAAGGUUUUAUUCAGACGUGACUUGCUUUUUUGAACAUGUUACUCACAGAGUUCGACUGUAUAACGUACAUGGAAUAGAAGGACAGUCUGUGGAAGUUUCCAAUGUUGUGGACAUCCGUAAAGAACGUAACCAUGAGAUUGCGAUGAGAAUUUCUUCUAGCAUAAACAGCCAAAACAGAUUUUAUACUGACCUCAAUGGAUACCAGAUUCAACCCAGAAUGACAAUGAGCAAAUUGCCUCUUCAAGCAAAUGUCUAUCCGAUGACUACAAUGGCAUAUAUCCAGGAUGCCCAGUAUCGCCUGACCCUGCUCGCUGCUCAGUCCUUAGGUGUUUCAAGUUUGAAAAGUGGUCAGAUUGAAGUUAUCAUGGAUCGAAGACUCAUGCAAGAUGAUAAUCGUGGCCUUGAGCAAGGUGUCCACGAUAACAAGAUUACAGCUAAUUUAUUUCGAAUACUGCUAGAAAAAAGAAGUGUCGUGAACAUGGAAGAAGAAAAGAAGUCGGUCAGUUAUCCUUCCCUCCUUAGCCACAUAACUUCUUCUUUCCUGAAUCAUCCUGUCUUUCCAAUGACAGAAAAGGUCCCUGUGCCCACCCUUCAGCUGCUGGGUGAAUUCUCUCCAUUAAUGUCAUCUUUGCCAUGUGACAUUCAUCUGGUUAAUCUGAGGACUAUACAGUCAAAGGUGGACGGCAAGCAUUCCAACGAGGCAGCCUUGAUCCUCCACAGGAGGGGCUUUGACUGCCACUUCUCCAACAGAGACACAGGGCUGCUUUGUUCCACUACCCAGGGAAAGAUACUGGUACAGAAACUUUUUAACAAGUUUACUGUUGUAAGUCUCACACCUUCGUCAUUAUCCUUGAUGCACUCACCUCCAGACGCCCGAAAUUUAAGUGAGAUCAGCUUGAGUCCCAUGGAAAUCAGCACAUUCCGAAUCCAGUUGAGGUGAAACCUGGCUUUCCGAUUUGGAUUGGCAAGCAUUGGCUUUUACACGCUUCUUGGUUUGACGUGCAAUAAAGAAGCACAUUACUUUAGCUUCUGGCUACUGUGAGGACAAGAAUCCUGUGAUUUUUUUUUUUUUUUUUUAACCAGUGCGGUAAGGGAAGAAAAAAACAAAAAGCCAUGCUGUAAACUAGUUCUUUUUUUUAAGUUCCUUCCAUGAACUAUCAACAUCAGUAUGAAUUGAUGAAACAAAUGAAGAAAUGUCUAAAGACAGCCUCUCAACAGAUCGUAUCUCAGGUUAAAUGCUAACUAAUUAUAUCUGUGUUGGGGGUUGUGAAGAGAUUGCUGUAAGUAUUCGUGUUGCCGACCCUUCAUUACUUUUACAAAAAGACCCAUUUUUACCAAAAUGGAAUAAAAAGUUGGUGGGUAAUAGCUAAUGGCCAAAAUGGUUGCAAUCAUUCAUACAUGUUAGAAAAAUGUUAUAUGUUGUAAUAUAUGGAAAAGUGCAAUCCAUCAACCCUUAUAAUAUACAUCAGUGAUUUUACAUGUUUUUCUACCACUCGUACCACUUAACCCCUCCCUUCCUAUCCUUUGUAAGUAUUUCCAGAAUUAGCAGAUUUUAAAUCAUUCAAUAGUAGAAAAAGAGGCAUAUUUUCAUUACUUGACAACUUGGGAUAGGUGCAAUUUAUUCCAUUGUUGCUAAAAUAGAAGAAGCAAUUUCAUAGGUACCAUAACCUCUCUUAGGUACCACAAGGUGUCUUUUUACAUGGCUCAUUUGAAUACAGAUGUUCCAAGAAGGGGUUUUCUAUUUAAAAAUUACCAUAUCAAAAUAAAUGUGCCUUAUUUUU